CUAUUUGAAUAAAAGCAGAAGAACAGCCCCCUACCAUUUCUGAUUCUAGUACCUCUACUAACAGUGUCUCCAGCUGCCAACAUGCCUGUGGACUUUAGUGGGAAAUGGAUUUUGGAGAGCAAUGAGAAUUUUGACGAUUAUAUGAAAGCGCUGGAUGUUGACUUUGCCACGCGUAAAAUCGCUGCCAGUCUGGCUCAGACCAAAGUGGUUGUUCAACAGGGUGACGUGUUUGAAUUUAAAACACUGAGCGCUUUCAGGAACUAUGAGCUGGCCUUUACACUGGGUGUCGAGUUUGACGAGUACACCAAAGGACUAGACAACAGACAUGUCAAGAGUUUGGUGACCUGGGAAGGGGAUACGCUUGUUUGCAUCCAGAAAGGGGAGAAAGCCAAUCGUGGCUGGAAGCACUGGAUCCAAGGGGGCAAAAUGUACCUGGAGUUGACGUGUCAAGAUGCAGUUUGUCUACAAGUGUUCAAGAAAAAGGAUUAAGACAAAUUGUGGUGUGGACAUCUCAUCUAUUUGGACUGGGAGGUGCAACCCCUCCCAUGUCUAUUUGGCGUCAGUGGCAGCCAAUGAGUUAUACGGAUUGUGUGUAUGACAAAUCAAUUAAUCGAGGUUCAUUUCAUUUUAAUUGAGAUUAAAUGUGUCAUUAUUGUAUUUUGAGUUCAAAUACAUAUUUCUUUCAGCUUUUAGAGAAAAGUGUACUUUUGAAUUCUUUACCGGAUUGUGUGACAAUGACAAUGUGAUUAAUUGCAGGUAAUGUCACACUAAUUAUUGCGAUUAAAAUGUGUUAAUAUUGCCCUAUUAAUUAGUGAAUAAAUAAAAAUGUAUCCAAUUAUUUAAAAAAAUAAAUAAAUAAAUAAAACAUCUCCAAUCUCAGACAAAAUGCAUUGGAUGUUUAUUGCCGUCAGCGGCAGCCAAUGAGUUACUAGCUUAUAUUAUAUUAUAUUUAGGGCUGUCAAAUGAUUAAAAUUUUUAAUCGAGUUAAUUACAGCUUAAAAAUUUAUUAAUCGUAAUUAGUCGCAAUUAAUCGCAAUUCAAACCAUCUAUAAAAUAUGCCAUAUUUUUCUGUAAAUUAUAUAUAUUCUGUAAAAUAAAUUGUCGGAAUGGAAAGAUAAGACACAAGAUGGAUAUAUACAGUACAUUCAACAUACGGUACAUAAGGACUGUAGUGGGCAUUUCACUCUACUGUCAUUUAAAUCUGUCUAUGCUGUCCUCACUCCGAAGUGUCUACUUUUUCCAAAGCUAGACAGCUAGUAAACGACGCCUUAAUAAUCAGACUUCUUCCUUUUUAAUCUGAUUUAUUAAUAAAAUAGCCUCAAACCAUUGUCCUCUUUAGACCGUCAUAAAACUACAAAAAAAAAAAAAAAAAAAGUACACAAGCAUUGCAUUAGCAACAACGUUAGCUUAGCACGCUAUACAGGUUCACUAAACAUAAACAAAAAGCGUCUCAUACAAAAAAAUAGAACAUUUCGCUUACUAACAUAAUAUGUACAUUCUUUACAACAACCAUACUUACGGACAAAUCUUGUCCAAGGAUCAUAUAAGCACAACAUUACAACGUAGGCUUCAGCCCGAGACGUCGUGCAGCCAUAUGAACUGGCAAGAAAAAAAUAAACCAUGUCGCAAAGCGACCACAAGAGUUUGCUGUUGUGCUGCAGAACAAAAAGCCUUGCUGUAAAACUUACCAAAAGGCAGAAUACUGGCUGAGCGGGACAUGUGCGUUAAUUGCGUCAAAUAUUUUAACGUGAUUAAUUAAAAAAAAUAAUUACCGCGCGUUAACGUGAUAAU